AUGGCCGCAGGAACAAGUAUCUGGAUUAGCAGUGAUUCAAAGAAUUGCCCUAAGGCAAUAUACAAUCUCCGCCUUCUUUAUCUCCUUGUCGCAGUGUCUUGGGGUGGCUCGUUUUAUGGAUUUGAUACAGGAAACAUCGGGGGAAUUCUCACACUUCCCUCCUUCGAAAAUGCAUUCGGACUAAACGGCAUACCUCAAUCGGACCUAGAUAGCCGCAAGGGGACAAUCGCAUCAAUGCUCGCAGCUGGAGGAUCAGCAGGCGCUCUACUCGCAGCGCCAACUUCCGAUUAUUUAGGCAGAAGAUUGUCAGUUUUUUGUUGGGGUGUGGUUUUCGUUAUAGGUGCUGCGCUGCAGAUGAUUGCGAAUUACGAUGUUCUGUUGGCAGGCCGUUUCGUCGCAGGCAUGGGCGUCGGCGCCUCUUCGAUGCUCACGCCCCAAUUUCUGGCAGAGAAUUCUCCCAAAUCAGUUCGAGGAUCAAUGACCGCGACUUACAACUUAAUGAUUGUCACCUCGCUCAUGUUGGCAUUCUGGGUAAACUAUGGAGUUUCCAAAUGGUACUUCUCGGGCGUGGAGCAUGACAACGGCCAAUGGAGAACUGCCAUGGGCAUUCAGCUUAUUCCCGGCGUACUGUUGUGUUUAAUGAUCCCAUUUGUGCCUGAGACCCCUCGGUGGCUGAUUAACCAUGGUAGAUCAGAGGAGGGAUUGGAGAAUAUGUGCAAAUUACGGAAGCUUCCCGCUGAUCAUGAAUAUAUUCAAACUGAGUAUCGUGAGAUUGAGGCCCAAGUGAGACAUGAGCAGGAAUGUUUUGCGGGCCAUAGUUAUUGGGUCGUGUUGAAGGACAUAUUCACGUCCAAAAACAACUUUCAACGAUUUUUUCUAUCGAUAAUGCUCUUUUUGUUUCACAAAUUCACUGGCACUGACUCUCUGAAUUAUUACGCUCCUGAGAUUUUCGCCUUAAUAGGUGUCAAAGGAAGCUCAUCCAGCCUGCUCACUACUGGUAUAUAUGGCGUGGUGAAGACUGUGACAACCAUCUUCUAUGUGGGAUACCUGGUCGACCGUAUUGGACGCCGCCUCCCUUUAAUUGUUGGAGCUAUGAUCCAGGCUACUGCUAUGUUAUACUUAGCUCUUUACCUACGAUUUGCAGGUACAAACACGGAAACAGUGGGAGGAACCCCUGCAGGGGGUAUUGUGGGUAUUGUUUGGAUCUAUCUCUACGCUUUCGGCUGGUCGUUUGGUCACUCAGUAGCCUGUUAUGUUGUGGCAGCAGAGAUAUUUCCUACACGAAUUCGAUCAUUUUGCAUGUCAAUCUGCUUUUUCAUCAACUGGAUUGUUGACUACGGAAUCACACGAGCGACACCGAACAUGAUAACUGAGAUGGGCUGGGGUGUAUUCCUUCUAUAUUCCAUGCUGACCUACUUGGGCGUUGCCUUCAUUUACUUCUGUUUGCCGGAAAUGAAGGGCCGAUCUAUUGAAAGUAUGGAUAAUCUGUUUGAAAGACCGUUAUACUUGAUGUGGAGACAUGCGUAUCCCACAGAAGAUGAAAAAAUUCGCUCCGAUGUCAUGGAGGAUAUCAUUGCUCGGAAUUUCAAGAAGCAAGAGGACGAUGGAAAGAAUCAUGCAGAGCACAUUGAGUCUGCGUGA